CAAAAUGCGAAGAAAGGUCUACAACAUGAGGUAUGAAAACAAAAAGGCUCAAACAGCCAAACCAGGCCAGAAAAGGAAAAAAUAUGUAGAACAUUCUUCAACAAAGGUAGGGUUGAAGAGUAUCAACAAGAAAAUAAAAAAAUACAUACAUGAAGAUUUACAAAGCAUUCUAACUGCAAAUAAAAUGAUAAAAACAUAUCCCAAUUUUUUAUGGUAGAAAUUUACAUCUAGAGUGACGAUGGAAGUAGCAUUUUUUUUUCUUUUUUGAGAUUCUGAAACAAUGUUCUACAUUAAAACAAUGUAUGAUCUGUACUGUUUUUCUUUACCUCAAUGAUGUAAUUACAUUUUCCACUUUUUAUAUAUAUUUUUUUAUUUAGAAAACACAGCAUACUUUGCAUGAAGAUGUUUCUGUGGAAAUACAUCCACAAAGUACAGAAGAAAAUGACGGAGAUUACGUAACACAAACAACUGCAGCACAGCUUCAGAAAAAGCUUAAAGAUGAGCUGUUAAGGAAAAGUCCCUGUUAUGAGGUUGUUAAGCAACUUCUUGACCUUGACUUUUCUGAACGGAAACACUUUAUAAAGACUGUCAAAGGAGAUGUUAGGCUCAUAUUGGAAAAGUAUAGCUGCUUUCAUCAGCCUAAUCAUUUACAGACAUCUGCAAAAAUCAUUGGAAGGGUUAAAAGCAAAAUGGGAACUUGAGGUCAACAUUAUCUUGAAGUACGGAGAAGAGAAAAAGCUUUUGAACAUUAGCCUUGCAUGGUCACUUGAGAAGAAGACAAGUGAGGCUCUACAGAUCCUGCCAGAUCUCUUUGCUGCAGGAAAAUCUGCACCAACUGGCUUAAAAACGAGUGAGAUGCUACUGCAGUUUGUGGACGACCUGGAAAAAAAGGAAGAGGCCAUGCAGAAAAGCAAAAAGAGGGAAGUCUGGCUGUUGGGUGUGCCAUCACACAGAAAAUGUUUUAUUUUAAUUAAAGGGCAGCCGCCCCUUUGUGAACUAAAUUCAAUGGUAGAGGCAUUUUUCACUUUGCUUAGUGCCAGCUACACAUUUUCAGUCUGCUACCAUGAGUGUGUAGGACCAGCAAUGAUGUGGUUGGAGUCAGCAUUCCUUGGAGAUGAGAGGGUAAACACCAAGGACAUGACCUCAUGCAAGAAGUCAAUUCAAAGUUAUUUAGAUUUCAAGGAAAAGCUCACAAGUCCAUGUUGCAGUUUCUAGUAAGGGGGGUUAUACAGUAUCAUUUAUAAUUAUACUUAAGCGAUACAGCCCUCUGACGCAGUCUUUAACGUUUGAUAGGUGACCACGACUGGAGUUAUGCGUCCAGAUCCAAAGGCGAGGGCGCUAACGAAAGACAAGGCCAUCUGUCAAAUGUAAGAGCCCGCAUAGAGAGGGCUCUAUUGCUUAAGUAUAAUUAGAAAUUAUACUGUAUAAGAUUAAGAUUUUCAGACAAUGGCUAAUGGACACAAAAACACAUCUGUCCAACAUAAUUGCAUGUUUCACUGCAUGUUUUUUACUGUAUGUUCAAAUGUAUUAUUUUUACAUUGGGUUUAAAAGAAUAGAAAAAUAUGUUAAAUCAGUUUG